AUGGCGACCAGCUCUGAACGGAUCAAUGGCAUGUUUGCCAACUCCUCCACGUGGCGGUCCAAGGAGGAGGAGCAGAAAGGUCGGGCUGCUCUCCACACCAGCCAGGUGAAUCGGUACAGCGCCGCCAACGCCCGGGCCUUCGCGGGCACCACGGUGAGCCAAGAGGACUUGGAGAAGGAGCGCCAGGCGGCCCAGAAGCGGAAAGCCGCGGAGAGCCUGGAGCUCAAUGAGCUGCUGGAGGCGCAGAAGGCCGAGAGUGUCAAGGGCCAGACGCUGCGCAUUCAGGCCAAAGCGGCCGCGAAGAAGGAGAAGAAGAUGCCUUUCCUGGUCAAGAAACUGCGGGCCGAGACCGAAGCCCCGGCCGCGGAAGACACCGAAGCCGAAGGCAUCGGCUUGGCCUACUCGGACUCCGAGUCCUCCGAGUCCGACGCCAUGAUCAGCGAGUUCUUGCGGCCAGAAUUCCGGUACAAGUUGAGAGAUGCUUUGACUGGUUCUGAAGGGGAUAUGGUCAAGCAGGCACACGCUCGUCGGGACGUUUGUAUGGCCGUUGAGAUACCAUUGCUUGCGAAGUACGGUUAUGACGAUUCAGAGGAAGCGGUUCACCAGCACAGUAUGGCCAUGGCAUCACUUUUGCACGACUGUCCGGACCUGGUGGCCAAGAAUCUGGAGCUCGCACGCUUAGUGAAUCCGACAAUGGAUGUUGAUGAGGAUGCACACAUCACAGCUGACUGA